AUGAAGUUCAUUACCAUCUUGAUCGCCCUCUCCUGCAUCGUCGCUGGUGCUCUUCUCACCGAAGCGGCCCAAGUCCAGAAGCCUGUCCCCUGGACUCGGAUCCACCACAAGAAGGCUAAAUACUGGAAGUUCUACUCUCAACCCCACGGUACUGAUCUUCGAACUGUCAAGCCUACCUUCCACAAGUGCAAGGCCAAGUUCCCCGAAAACCGUGACUAUGUCUUUUCGAAUGUAUUUGUCAACAACAGAGACUUCGAAUUCCAGCAGUUUGACGCUAACCACAUUGGUGUCAACUGCAUCAAUUGCAGUCCUCAGAUAAUGGGUUAUUACUAUUCUACCAAGAUCAGUAACUAUAUCCAGUGCAAGGCUUAUGAAGAUGUGGACAUUUAA